AUGGCUUGUGCCCAAGUCUACCAAAGCUUUACGAAGCUUCUUGGGGCUAGCUGGUUUCUACCGCAGAGUGCCUUUGACAACCUCAAGCUUUCCUUAUCCACAACACCUGUGUUAACACUUCCCAACUUCGAUAUUCCGUUCACCUUGGAAUCUGAUGCCUCAGGGGCCGGUCGUCGUUUCACGAUUCUCACCGACCACCGGAGUUUGAAAGAACUUCUCUCCCAGGUAAUUCAAACCCCUGAACAGCAUAUGUACCUGGCGCGUCUCAUGGGGUACGAUUACGAUAUCCAAUACCGGUCCGGUUCGAGCAAUCAAGUUGCAGAUGCUUUAUCAAGGCUACCAGAACCUCCGGCGACCUUACAUAUGAUUCUAUCUGUGCCUAGUUUGACCUUCCUCGAAGAAUUACGUCACCAAUUGGACACUAAUGAUGAUUAUUGCCGCAAACGGGCGUAUUUGGUUGUGUCAGAACUUGCCAAUACUCACAAGCUUACUCACCGAAUAUCAUGCAACUCCUACUGGGGGCCACCAAGACCUUGGCUCGCUUAUCGGAGAAUUUCCACUGACCUGGGUAACACAGUGAUCCUCGUGGUCGUAGAUAGAUUUUCCAAAGGGAUACACCUUGGUAUGUUACCCACAUCUUACACGGCUCACAUGGUGGCGUCACUAUUCAUCAACAUCGUGGUCAAGUUGCAUGGUCUUCCUCGGAGUUUGGUCUCCGACCGAGAUCCACUUUUUAUCAGCCGCUUUUGGCAAGAGCUUUUUCGCCUGAGUGGCACUCUGUUGAGGAUGAGUUCGGCCUAUCAUCCACAGAGUGACGGCCAGACAGAGAUGUUAAAUCGGGUGAUUGAACAAUAUUUACGCGCCUUCGUUCACCGUCGCCCGGGACUGUGGGGCAAAUUGUUACCUUGGGUCGAGUGGUCGCACAAUUCUUCUUGGAGUGUGAGUACUGGUUCUACACCUUACGAAAUCACUUAUGGCCGGAAACCUUUUUCAUUCCCAGAGUGCAUUGUCAGUUCUUCUAAUAUCGCAGCGGUAGAUGAUAUGCUUGCUGAGAGGGACACCACUUUCCAAGCAAUUCGUCGGAAGCUUAUUAAGGCGCAAGAGAACAUGAAGAAAUACGCUGAUACGAAGAGGAGAGACAUUACUCAUCAGAUACUAGAACGUAUCGGCGACGUGGCAUAUCGUUUAGAGCUCCCUGAAGGUGUUCGGAUACACCCAGUGCUCCAUUGCUCUGUCCUCAAAGCUUUCCAAGGCUCUCCUGAUUCAGUCCCGCAAGUUCAAUUACCUCCAGAGGCAAUCAAUGGUCAACCUUUAGUAGUUCCCUUGGCUAUUUUGGACCAUCAUCGCAGUUCUACCGAUGUUGACGCUCCAUGGGAGGUGCUCGUUCAGUGGCAAGGCCUUUCCCCAGAUGAAACCUCCUGGGAAGAUUGGACCCAAUUAUGUGCAACUCACCACCUUGAGGACAAGGUGGUGUUCCAAGGGCUGGGGGAGUGUUAG